AUGAUGCGUGGCGAAAAGUACACCGGUGUAUCCCUUCAGACAUUGGAUCCCAAGGUCUUUGACCAUGGCACCGUUCUCGCCCAGACACCAUCCCCUGGCUUACCGAUACCAGCCAGUGCUACGCUCCAGAAUCUGACGGAAGCCCUCGCCAAGGUAGGCGCAGAGAUGCUCGUCCAGGGGCUACGAGACGGACUGCAUGUGCCACCAUAUACGGACGCAGGGUGGAUGGUCGAGCAGCUUGGGGACGAGGAAUUGGUUUACGCAUCGAAAGUGGGCAAAGGAGAAUCACAGAUUAGUUGGUCUGACUGGACUCCAACCCAUUUUGAGCGUUUCAUCAACAUCUUCGAUACGGUGUGGACACAGGCGAGGAACAGCAAAGGUAAGUUUAAGCGAGUGCUUUUCUUAGACGCAGAGAGCGUCCCUAAGCAUGACGUGACGGGAAGAGACGAGGAAGUAUUAUUUCGGGUUGAAGCAGGGAAAGAAGGAAAGGAUACCCAGAGGGCCGUCAGAGUCGAUGAUGAACGUGAUGCAUUUUACGUACAGGCGGCACAUGGGGGCUGGGUGCGUGUGAAGAAUGUCAAGGUUGAUGGCAAGACGACGCAGACGGCGAGGAUUGGGAUGAGGGAAUUCCUGAAGAAGAUGAAGUGA